AUGAUCUCUAGACCGUCCCUCGCGAGGUCUGCGCAGCAGGCUCUCCGCAACUCGAGCUGUGCUCGCACAAUCUCGGGUCGCCGGUUCGCCAGCGCUGCUGCUGGCUCCGGUGCCUUUGAGACCGCCGACGUUGGUGGUGUCAAGGUUGCUGCCAGUGACUCCCAGGGCCCUACGACCAAGUUGGCCAUCGUGGCAAAGGCCGGUACCAGAUACCAGCCUCUUCCCGGUCUGGCCGCUGGUCUCGAGUCCUUCGCCUUCAAGAACACGACAAAACGCUCUGGUUUGCGCAUUGUUCGCGAGUCUGAACUUCUCGGCAGCCAAUUGACCUCAUACCACACCCGUGAAGCCCUUGUUCUCGAGGCUAGCUUUUUCCGCGAUGACCUUCCCUACUUCACGGAACUCCUCGCCGAGGUUGUCUCGCAGACCAAGUACACUACCCACGAGUUCCACGAGGAGGUACAGCCUGUCCUCCGCUUGAAGCAGUCUGGCACCAGCGCUGCCGCUCUUGCCCUUGACUCCGCCCACUCCGUUGCUUUCCACUCCGGCCUCGGCUCUCCCUCCAACCUGACGCCCUCGAUCCCCAUCCAGCCCUAUCUCAGCGAGUACGCCGUUUCCGAGUUCGCCCAGGCUGCCUUCGCCAAGCCCAACAUCGCACUGGUUGCCGACGGUGCAUCCGCCGCGAACGUCAGCAAGUGGGCCGAGCAGUUCUUCAAGUCGGUUCCCUCUGCCUCCUCCGGCAAGCUUGCUCUGAACACCACCGCCACCAAGUACCACGGUGGUGAGCAGCGUACCUACAGCCCCUCCGGCAACGCCUUUGUCAUCGCCUUCCCCGGUGCCUCGAACGGCCAGGUUUCUCCCGAGCUUGCCGUGCUCGCGGCUCUGCUGGGCGGCAAGUCCAACAUCAAGUGGUCCACUGGCUUCAGCUUGAUCAACAAGGCUGUUGGUGUUGUUCCUGGCCUGUCCGCCUCAACCGUCAACCUCUCAUACUCUGACGCCAGCCUCCUGACUGUCCAGCUUGCUGGCUCGGCUUCCGCUGUUCGCGGUGCUGCCCAGGAGACCGUCAAGGCUCUGAAGAGCAUCGCCGAGGGUGCCGUUAGCAAGGAGGACCUGACCAAGGCUAUUGCCAAGGCCAAGUUUGACGCUCUUGAGGCUUCGGAGAAGCGUAGCGGUAGCAUUCUCCUCGCCGGAUCCAGCCUUGUCCACAACGGCAAGGCUGUUGACGCUACCGAGGCCAUCAAGUCUAUCGAGUCUGUUACAGCUGAGAAGCUCAAGGCGGCAACGAAGACGAUCCUGGAGGGUAAGGCCAGCGUUGCGGCGGUGGGUGACCUUUUUGCUCUGCCGUACGCUGAGGAGCUUGGCCUUCGGGUAUAA